UGGUCACCGCUGGUUUGGUUGAGGUGGAGUGGGGGUGUCCAAGUUGCCUACCUACAACCACCUCUUGUAUCUGCUCUGCUCUGCUCCUCCUCCCUCCCCACUCCCCUGGGUCCGGUGGUGAUCACCAUCUCCACAACUACACAGCCACCAUGCCGCCGUCGCGGUCCCUGGCCGAUGCGCUGGCGGCGGCGCGCCCGUUCCUGCGCGGGGAGGAGGCGGAGGUGGACCCGGCGCUGCCGGGCCUCGCCGCCGUGCUGCGCGCCGCGGGCGCCGGCGAGUGCUGGCACAAGCACGGCACCUUCCUGGCGCACCUACUGGACGUGCACCGGAUCCUCCGCCUGUGGGGCGCGCCCGAUGCGGUGGCGCGCUGCGGCCUCUACCACUCCGCCUACUCCAACUCCUACGUCAACCUCGCCAUCUUCCAGCCGGACACCGGCCGCGCCCACGUCGCCGCCGUCGUCGGCGCGGACGCCGAGCGCCUCGUCCACCUCUUCUGCGUCGUCCCCAGGCAGAAGCUCGUCCACGACGACCUGCUCUUCCACUACUCCGACCAGGACCUCGUCGACGACCUCGCCAGCUCCGAGGCGUCGCUCCGGGACGCCCGCCGCGGCGUGUUCGACGACGCCCAGCCGUGGAGGCGCAAGAUCCAGCGCCUCAUCCCGCCCGACGGCAUCACGGUCAAGCACAUCAGGACAGGAGAGGAUGUGGCGCUAUCCAGGCGCAUAGCAGCAACGUUCCUCCUCAUGACCAUAGCAGACUUCAGUGACCAGCUCUUCGACUGGCAGGACCGCCUCUUCGACAACACCAACGGCCGCCUCGAGUUCAGUGGCAACACCUGGACCUCCCUCUGGCCUGGCACCGGCAAGCCUGGCCUCUGGGUCACCUCUAGCUCCCGCAUGGGCGCACUCUACACCUUAAUCAUCCGCGAGGAGGAGAUAUACAUCACGCAACGAGCACAUGGCAUCAGCCGACAAGGAAGCAAUGGCUCUGCUGGACGAGAUGAGGACAUCGACCUGGUGAUCCCCCCGGUGUUCAAAGGCUGCACCAAAGUGCUCAACGCUGAUGACCAGAAGGUGGCACGAGACCUCUACUGGGAGGCAGUAUGCAGCGGCGAUGAGGCGUCAGACUGGCUCAAAGUGGAGGAGCUCCUUCAGCAGAGCAUUGCCAAGAACCCAUUUGUAGGAGAACCACACUUGGUGCUUGCACAGGUGUACCUUAACAUGGAGAGGUAUGGCGAUGCGCAGAUGCAGGCAGAGGAAGGUCUCAAGCUGUUGCUGGAGUGGGGCAGCAGCUGGGACAAGAGAAUGACAUGGGAGGGGUGGGUGUCUUGGGGCAGGGCGAUGCUGACCAAGGCCAGCGAGAAGGAUUGGCCUCAUACUGCAUUCGGCAUCAUCAACCUAGGGCUUGUCAAAUGAUCAGGACUCAUCCCCAAAUGGCGGAUGGAUGGUUAUGUAGGCUGCAGCUGCCGAUGCUGAUCCGACAUGUCAUCUUCUCAGAAUAUGUAUAUCACCUGCUGUAUUUGUACGAAAUAAUAAACCCAUGGUCAGUCAAAAUGGACUAUGCUAGAAAAUAAGGAAACUAGUCUAUUCAUAGGUUCAUCUUACCUAAUUUAGUUCAGCCGCCGCUUGUACUUGGAUAUUCAGAUAUUAAUGUGAAAUAAAGCACUGGAAGUGAAACAACAUAA